AUGUGGGGCCACUCAACCAAGGAGGCCCUGCGUCGGGGCGCGGGAGAUGCGUAUCCUGACUCUCUGCACCACCGAGACGAGGCACAGUCACCGGCCGCCGCCCAUGAACACAGCGAAUCCGGCGAGGCUACCCUAAGCCCACCCACCCCUGAGACAGAGAACGAGGGAGCCUGGGGUGAGCGAGAUAUUGGCGGCCCUGUCAGCCAGCGCAUGGCCAUGCAGGAUUUUGAGGAACUCCAGCACGAGCUCAGCACCAGACUCACGAAUACUCGAUCUCAUGCGGCCGCCUCAGCAAAAUCGGCCAAGAGCAGGGCCAGCUUCUUCCAGAGGAUCGCGUCCCGGGCAAGUGGCAGGUCCAAGGCUGCGCAGCCAGACGACGAGGAGGCACGGGCCAAGGAUGAGUCGGACAUUGAGGAGGAGGAGGCUACCACCACCGACGAAGACGAGUUUCCCCUGGAGCAGUUCAUGCGCGACGGCCACCUCGAGAAACGGACCGAGUCGGGCGAGUCGGCAAAGAAGCUGGGUGUCGUGUUCAAGCACUUGACGGUUAAGGGCGUGGCCAGUGGCGCCACGUACGUUCGGACGCUUCCCCAGGCUAUUGCCGGUACCUUUGGCCCGGAUCUGUACGGCAUCCUCUGCCGCAUCUUCCCCGGCCUGCGCAUCGGCCACGGCGGCGAGCUCCGGACCCUCCUGAACGACUUCACUGGCGUGGUGCGGCACGGCGAGAUGAUGAUGGUGCUUGGGCGGCCGGGCAGCGGAUGCAGCACCUUCCUCAAAGUUAUUGCCAACAACCGAGAUUCGUAUGCCUCGGUUGAGGGCGAGGUGUCGUACAGCGGCAUCCCAGCCGACGAGGCCCGGAAGCGAUAUCGGGGCGAGGUCAUCUACAAUCCGGAGGACGACGAGCACCUGCCCACUCUGACCGUCGGGCAGACAUUGAAGUUCUCGCUUCUCAACAAGACAAGGAAGAACCUCCGCGGCGACGUCGGCAUUAUCGUCGACGCUUUCCUCCGCAUGUUCAAUAUCGUACAUACCAAGAACACCAUCGUCGGAAACGCCUAUGUCCGCGGCGUUUCAGGAGGCGAGAGGAAGCGCGUCAGCAUCGCCGAGGCGCUGGCCACCAAGAGCACCAUCGUCAGCUGGGACAACUCGACCAGGGGUCUCGACGCCUCCACUGCGCUCGACUACGCCAAGUCGCUGCGCAUCAUGACCGACGUCUCGGACCGCACUACCAUCACGACCAUGUACCAGGCCGGUGAAGGUAUUUACGAGCUCAUGGACAAGGUGCUGGUCAUUGACCAGGGCCGCAUGCUCUAUCAAGGGCCGGCUAAGGAGGCCAGGAAGUACUUUGAGGACCUGGGUUUCUAUGCGCCCCCGCGGCAGACGACGCCUGACUUUCUCACGUCCAUCUGUGACCCAACCUCUAGACAGUUCCGCCCAGGCUGGGAAGACCGCUGCCCCAAGACGGCCGAGGAGCUUGAGAAGGCUUUCCGGGAGAGCGCGGCAUACCAAAAGCUCCUCGCCGACGUCCAGGACUUUGAGCAGCACCUCGAAAAGACGGGUCAUGCCGAUGUGCAGCAGUUCAAGGAGUCGGUGCAGCAGCAGAAGUCUAAGCGCGUGGCUUCGGGCUCCAACUACACCAUUCCCUUUUGGAAGCAGGUCCUCGCCUGCGCCCUCCGCGAGCUGUGGCUGAUUUGGGGCAACAAGACGGAGUUAUACUCCAAGUACUUCACCAUAAUCAGCAACGGCCUCAUCGUCGGUUCCCUCUUCUACGACACGCCAUCCUCCACCGCCGGGGCUUUCUUGCGCGGCGGUGUUGUCUUCUUCGCCGUCAUCUUCCUCGGCUGGUUGCAGCUGGCCGAGUUGAUGAAAGCCGUGUCCGGGCGCAACAUUGUUGCCCGUCACAAGGACUACGCCUUCUACCGCCCCAGCGCCGUCACGCUCGCCCGCGCCCUCGUCGACCUCCCCAUUCUUGUCUUUCAAGUCAUCGUGUUCAUCCUCCUCGUCUACUUCAUGACGGGUCUCGACGUGCAGCCGGGCAAAUUCUUCAUCCAAUUGCUGUUCACCUACAUCACCACCUUUUGCGUCACGGCCAUGUACCGCAUGCUGGCGUCCCUAUCGCCGUCCAUUGACGACGCAGUGCGCUUCUCGGGCAUGGCCCUGAACCUGCUCGCCAUCUUCACGGGAUACGUUAUCUCCAAGUCCAUGCUACUGUCGCAGAAGAUCUGGUUUGGCUGGAUUGCCCACAUCAACCCGCUGAGCUACUCGUUUGAGGCCGCGCUCUCCAACGAAUUCCACGGCCGGACCAUGGAGUGCGCGCCCGGACAGCUGGUGCCUCAGGGUCCCGGCGUAUCACCCGAAAACCAGGGCUGUGCCCUUCCCGGAGCCCACCUCGGCAACACCAGCGUCCUCGGCGACGAUUACAUCGGCACGGCAUUCGGCUAUACGCGGGCCCAUCUCUGGCGCAACUUUGGCGUGGUCAUCGCCUUCUCGGUUUUGUAUCUGAUCGUCACCGUUGUUGCCACCGAGCUCAUCUCGUUUGGCGGCGCAGGGGGCGGCGCUCUCGUCUUCAGGCGGUCCAAGCGGACUGCGAAGCAGGUCAAGGCGCCCGCACCGGCCGACGAAGAGUCUGGCAAUGUCUCGGGACACUCGUCAUCGACUGAACUGCCGUCCAGCGCCGGGGACCGAGCCCUCAAGGGCGUCACCGGCAGUGACAGGGUCUUCACGUGGGAAGAUGUGACGUACACGGUGCCUACUCCAGCCGGUCCCAAGAAGUUGCUCAACGGCGUCAACGGCUACGCGAAGCCCGGCGUCCUGGUUGCUCUCAUGGGGGCCAGCGGCGCCGGCAAGACGACGCUUCUCAACACGCUCUCGCAGCGCCAAACGGUCGGCGUCGUCAGUGGUAGCAUGCUCGUCGAUGGCAAGCCCCUGGGCAACGAUUUCCAGCGCAGCACGGGCUUUGUCGAGCAGAUGGAUCUGCACGAGGAGUCGGCCACAGUCCGCGAGGCCAUCGAGUUCUCGGCCCUGCUCCGUCAGAGCCGCGACAUUCCCCGCCAGGAGAAGCUCGACUACGUCGACAAGGUGCUUGAUCUGCUCGAGCUGACCGACAUUCAGGACGCCAUCAUCAGCUCGCUGGGCGUUGAGCACAAGAAGCGCCUAACCAUUGCCGUCGAGCUGGCCGCGAGACCGUCGCUCCUCCUCUUCCUCGACGAGCCCACCAGCGGUCUCGACGCCCAGUCGGCCUUUUCCAUCGUCCGCUUCUUGCGUAAGCUGUGCGCCGCCGGCCAGGCCAUCGUCUGCACCAUCCAUCAGCCGUCGUCGGACCUGAUUCAGCAGUUUGACAAGAUCCUCGCGCUGAACCCGGGCGGCAACACCAUCUACUUUGGCCCCGUCGGCCCCGACGGGAGCGCUGUCAUCAAGUAUUUCGCCGACCGCGGCGUCCACUGCCCGCCGGGCCGCAACGUGGCUGAGUUCCUGCUCGAGACGGCCAUCAAGGGCGGCCGCCGCCCUGACGGCAGACGCAUCAACUGGUCCAAGGAAUGGCGCGAAUCGCCAGAGAACAAGGUCCUCGUGGCCGAGAUCCAGCAGCUCAAGGCCGAACGGUCCGCCGUGGCGGCUGCAACAAACGAAGGCACCACCACGCCCUCGACGGUACAGCACGAGUUCGCUGCCCCGAUCGUCCAGCAGACCCAGCUUCUCACCUCGCGCAUGUUCAUCCGCCAGUGGCGCGACCCGUCGUACCUCUACGGCCGCCUCUUCACGGCCGUCGUCGUCGGCAUCUUCAACGGUUUUACGUUUUGGAACCUCGGCAACACGGCGGCCGAUAUGCAGAACCGCAUGUUCUCAUGCUUCCUCAUCAUCAUGAUUCCCGCCACCGUGCUCAACGCGGUGCUGCCCAAGUUCUACCUCAACCGGGCCCUGUGGGAGGCCCGCGAGCACCCCUCGCGCAUCUACGGCUGGAUCGCCUUCUGCACGGCCGAGGUCCUCAGCGAGAUCCCCGGCUCGCUCAUCGCCGGCGUGCUGUACUGGCUGCUGUGGUACUUGCCCGCCGGCCUGCCGUACGACGCGCCGUCGGCCGGAUACGUUUUCCUUAUGACGCUGCUCUUCUUCUUGUUUCAGUCCAGCUGGGGCCAGUGGAUCUGCGCCUGGGCGCCCAGCUUCACUGUCAUUAGCAACAUCCUGCCGUGCUUUUUGGUCAUUUUCUGUUUGUUUAACGGUGUCGUGGUGCCGUACUCGCAGCUGAACGUCUUUUGGAAGUAUUGGCUUUACUGGCUCAACCCCAGUUCGUACUGGGUCGCCGGCGUCCUGUCGGCGACCUUGGCCGGCCAGCCCGUGCGCUGCGCCCCGAGCGAGGCGGCCUACUUCAACCCGCCGUUUGGCCAGACAUGCCUCCAAUUCGCCGGUGACUUUGUCCGCCGGGCCGGCCAGGGGUACCUGAUGAACCCCAACGACACGGCCAACUGCGGCUAUUGCCCGUACGCCGACGGUUCCGAGUACCUGCAGACCUUGGGCAUCGCACCUGAUACAAAGUGGCGAAAUUUCGGCAUCUUCCUUGUCUUCUGCGUCACCAACUGGAUGUAA